AUGAAACAACUUGCUGAGGCAUUAGUUCAAUGCGAAUCAGACGAACAACGUCGCGAACACCUGAUUGAAUCACUCGAUGAUCUGUCGUUUGAUUAUCCCGAUAUUUACUCAAUGCUAUUUAGGGAGAUGAAAAAUAGAGAACUGGCAGCUAACGAUCCGAACAAAAUCUCUGAAUGGUUAAGCACUUCUAAUAAGUCAAACUCAAUUGUAAAAAUUCAUGAAGCAUUGCUAUUAGUUAAAAACGAUGACAUGAUGAUUAAAGAAGAACAUUUAGAUAAUUUAAAGCAUAUGCUUUGCCGCACAAUAGAAAAUGGAACUCACAUGGAGGAGGUAGUAAAAAUAUGCUAUUUGAUUGAGAAAUCUCCAUCUUUGAAAAACAUACACGAACUUUUAAAACACCUUGUUGAUCAAGUAAAACAACUACCCAACGAUAAUAAUUGCUACACGGACAUGGAUGAUUACUGGAAAGAUUAUUUCAAACGAACUCAAAUCGACUUUUCCGAAUCUCUGGAUAUCCAAAGUGUUCAACAAGAACAAAAACAUAAACAGGACGCACGUGUGUGGAAAAAAAUCAAACACUUACAUUUAAAUCCUCUGCACGAUCUUCCUAAUUUCGACCUGAAAUGUUUUGGUAAUAACCAUCUCGAAAUGGUUGUAGCCGCUCAUAGGCGUAAUAUUUUGGGUGACCAGACGAUCGUUGAUCAGGACAUGGAUGGAGCAUUCACCAAAUGGCUUCACUUUUGUAAGCUAAAAAGAUACCAAUGGUUUUUCAAUAACCUCAGCUACCUUGAAAUUGUACUUAUUGACGAGGAAAAUAUCGAAAAGCUUAUCGCCAAGGUGAACAAGAACUCUAAGAAGGAAAACAACAUUAAGGAUUGUGCUCAGAAGAAAAUAUGCGUGGAGACAAAAGUUCUGAGACAUAGACCAAUAAAACUGAACAAUUUGAUAACGGCCUUAGAUUCCAAUGUGGAUUUGGAUGACAUGAGCAAAUUUAUUACAUACAUGCGGAAGAUACUUCAUUAUCCCAUCCCGAAUAAGAACUGUGUCAUUGACGAGCAACUACAACAAGAUAUAAUCACCAUUAUAGACAAAUAUAUGAAUCAUCUAAUGAAAAUACUUGACACAGUUGAAUUCCUUGCCGCCAAAAGCCGGCUCGGAAUUAUCAUUAACAAGUACCUAGAGUGCAUAUCGUUAAUCAACGGAAAUCAGACAUUCGCAGAUCAUCAUAUCAACUUACUGUGUAUUUUCGAAGAAGUACUGAAGAAUAAAGUCCUUAAUAUGCACAGAGACUUCAACUAA